CAGUCAUUAAGUAAAAAGACUAGUGUUUCAGUGUUGGAUUUAACAGUUGAUUCAAAAAUCGCCUUCUAAUGAUAAUGGCAGAUUUUACCGCCUUGCUGAUCGCCAAAGUGCGAUCCAACGAACUUUUGUACGACAUGGAACAUCCUCAGUACAAAAAUGCAAAACUUAAAGAAGCCAUCUACGAGGACAUUGGAAAGCAACUUAACACCACUGGUGAAGACAUCAAGAAAAAAUGGAAAAACCUGCGCGACACUUACACGAAACAUCUGCGAAGUCAAGCUGGCCAUCUGGCAGCAAAGAACUACAAGAACUGGCCCUGGGCCAAACACAUGGACUUCGUUAAGCCUUUCCAGAGCAGUGUCAAUAAUGCUGCAAAUAACGCCCAAAAAGAAAAAGAUGCCAAAACUAUGAAAUGCGAAUCUAUGGAAUCUGCUGAAGAACAUGCCGCCACUUUUGAUGAAUUGCAGUUACCAGAAUUUGAUGAGGAACAGUUACCUUGCUAUCUUCCCAAUGAGCAACCUGUAGAAGUGGAACUUCACGAAGCCAAAACUCCUUGUGGAAGUGACAUACCGAAUUAUUUUAAAAGAAAUGCAACCCACAGGUGUAUAGAAAAUUUAGAUGGCACCGAACACAUUUUUCUCGGUUAUGCAAAAUUGUUGAAAAAUUUUUCGGCCAGAAGACAAGCUACUGUGAAGAUGAAAAUCGCAAAAUUGAUGUUAGAUGAAGAAUUAGCUCAUUUAGAUGAACUUGCAGCAUCUUCAGAUAGAUUUAAAGAUGACAUUUAUCAAAUGAAAAUUAAUCAUAAUAAUAGCUGA